ACUCCCAUCGAAGAAGAGAACGAUGAUAGGAGAAGGAUAUAUCGAAGUCGACGCGCGCGUUUGACUGCUGUUAUGCGCUGUAGCCUCUCCGAUAAUCUAUCUGCUCCGUUUCUGUCGUAAAGGCGAGGAAUAAGGAAGGAUGCUUCUUGUUCCCAGCCUCGUUCUCUUUCUCUCCUUCUCCCUCUCUUCUCCCUCGGUUAUCGGCUACCGUGAUGAUGAGAGAUGGAUGGAGUCUGUCAUCCCAAAGCUCCACAUCGAUACUUGUGUACCUCAAUCAACUGAUGGACAUUGCGUUCCUCAAAUUGUCGUGACCGACUUCUUAGAUGUUGGUGCCAUGGUGAUCGUUCCGAGGCGCAUCCGGUCUAAUGGGAAGCCCCAAGACGAUGAAGGUACGACGCUCUGGGUCGGCACAAACAAGCAUCAGGAGGGAUGCAUGCCAGCUAUCACGAUCGUUGGCCGAGCUCCGGUGAUGCUUCACAAUUGUUCGUCUAAGGUCUUGGAUUACGAUCCGCUGCUGUGCAGCCCUCCGGAUCUGAACCCAAUCUCUGUCGAUUACUUCGUUCCGUCGAUGGACCUUCGUCAACUCAACUGCACCACCCUCAUCUACACUCCUUUUGGCUAUGACGCGAAUGGAAGGGGCAUUUGGAGCUCAGUGGAAGCCGAGCUUUACGUGUCACGGGCACCGAUUGAUUGGUAUGAUGAGUGUAAGGCUUCUGACGGGAUGUACGUGGAUAACGCAAUCAUAGGCAACUCCUGCUUGUACCAUUAUAGUUCACAUCUUAAGGACGAUUCAUCCCAAGGUAGGUCAUUUGUGGUUACAGGGCAUCAUCACAAAGCCAAGGCCAUGAAGGAAAUCUUGUUCGGUACUGAACUCAAUCACUCUCUGUUCUAUGUUUUCUUUCUUAUCCUCGAAAUUUUGAGCGCAUGCAAUUAUUUCAACAACACUCGGGUCAAGUUCUUGAUACCUCUAAUCUAAUCUGUAGCAAAUGUUGAACUGCGAUUGCUAAUCCCUCGAGUCCUCGACUCUAAUUUACAGGUGGAUUUGGAUUGGUAGGAUUUGUGUGUCUCUGGUACUUAUCCCUCUGCUUCUUUGGAAGACUGAAGACUUGGAUCUUGUGCUGGAGGACAAGGUCAAGUCAUGACAAGAAAAUGGAGGUCCUCUUGGGGAAGGUUGAGAAGUUGGUGCCCGCGAGAUACUCUUACUCUGAUGUGGAGAGAAUUACCUCUUGCUUCAGUCAUAAACUAGGACAAGGUGGUUUUGGCGUUGUGUACAAAGGGAAGCUCCCCGACGGCCGCCCCGUUGCCGUCAAAGUCAUGAAGGAUUGUAAAGGCAGUGUCAAAGACUUCUUCACUGAGGUCAUUGCCAUUGGCUGCACGUACCAUGUGAACAUCGUCUCCUUGCUCGGCUUCUGCUCAGAGGGCCCAAAACAAGUUCUCAUCUACCAGUUCAUGUCGAAUGGUUCGCUGGAGCAGUACAUCCACGACGCGAGACAAGCCACAUCGACUCUCGACGCGACAAAGCUGCUACGGAUUGCCAUCGGCGUCGCUCGAGGCCUGGAGUAUCUCCAUCACGGAUGUAACGUUGGAAUACUGCACUUUGACAUCAAGCCUCAAAACAUUCUACUCGACGAGGAGUUUUGCCCCAAGAUUGCUGAUUUCGGACUCGCCAAAUUGUGCCGCUCCGCGGAGGGCAUCAUCAAGAUGCUGGGCGCCCGAGGCACCGUCGGGUACAUCGCCCCGGAGGUGUUCUCCCGCUGCUAUGGAGGAGUGUCGCCCAAGUCGGAUGUCUAUAGCUACGGCAUGAUGAUUCUUGAAAUGGUUGGAGGAAGAAAGAAGUGCACAGCUCAGGAGGAGGAACGUACGAGUGAGAUUCAUCUCCCCCACUGGGUCUGUAAGCAUCUCGAUUCGGAUGGAAACUUGAGGUCGUUUAGAGCCAUGACCGAGGUGGAAGAAGAGAUGGCGAGAAGGAUGGUGUUAGUCGGGUUGUGGUGCAUACAAACGAGGCCUUCGGACCGACCCUCGAUGACGAAGGUGCUGGAUAUGUUAGAAGGAAGGAUCACAGAGUUGCAGGCACCACCAAUGCCAGUUCUUCUCCCCCAGCAUCAACGAUGCAUUCCAUCGCAGCAGCUCAGUCGCAAAAGAUGGUCUCAGUGGUGA